CCUGUUUAUUCGUUAUUCGACUAUUUUUGUUUUGUUGAAAUGAAAAGUCACUUGACAGCUGGUCGGGACAGAAAGAAGGAAGCAUAUUUAUUCAAGCUGUGUGGCAAGUUCGGACCUAAAAACAGCAGCGAAAAUCCACGACGACGAGUCCUUGGAUCUCACCUUUCGUGAUUUAUCUUUCACGACGGGCAAAGGGAAAAACGCCAAAAGAAUCUUAAAUCAAAUGAGCGGCGCCUUCAAGUCCGGCCAGUUGACUGUCAUAUUGGGGCCGUCCGGAGCUGGAAAGUCUUCCCUAAUGAACAUUCUAGCCGGUUUGAAGACGAGCGGAGUUGAAGGUCAGGUCUACGUGAAUGGCGUCGAUCGAGAGCUGAAAUCCUUCCGGAAACAUUCCGUCUACAUCAGCCAACAGGAUCACCUUUUGACGAAUCUAACCGUUGACGAGUACAUGAUCUCCGCUGCUCAUCUUAAACUGGGCAACCGUGUUCCUAUCAAUGACAAAUUAUCGAUGAUUGAACAUGUAAUGAAAACGCUGGGGUUAACGGAAAGCAGACGGACGCAAAUCGGCUGCUUGUCGGGUGGCGAAUGCAAAAGGCUUUCGAUCGGACUGGAGUUGCUGGACAAUCCAGACAUCCUCUUUCUUGACGAACCAACCAGCGGAUUGGACAGUUCGGCGAGUUUACAAUGCGUUGGAUUAUUGAGGGAAAUUGCCAGGAGCGGCCGAACGGUUGUUGCGACCAUUCAUCAGCCGAGCUCUCGAUUGCUGGAUUACUUUGACCACCUAUACAUUGUAGCUUGUGGUUCGUGCAUCUACCAAGGGCCGAUCGGGUCGUUAGUGCCUUAUUUACAGAGAGCCAAUUUGAAUUGUCCCAGUUACCACAAUCCGGCCGAUUUUGUAAUGGACGUGGCUUGUGGAGAAUACGGCGACGUACUACCCGGCUUGGUGUCCGGUAUCGAGAACGGCCGUCUCGUUUACCAGGAAAAUUCCGCGUCAGAGAUGGCGAUGCAAUCUCCUGUUCCUGCUCCCAUAUUUGAAAGUCAAAUGGAUGACACCAAGGAUGUCACCGUCACUUUGAUGGGCGGUGGUGGCUCGAGGAAGAAAGAGAAACCAACUUACUCUGCGCCAUUCCACACGCAAGUUGCCGUUCUACUCGAACGAACCUGGAGAAUUAUUUGGAGAGACAAGAUGCUGACCAAAGUCCGUUUCUUCACUCACGUUUUUCUGGGGCUCCUGGUGGGAACGAUGUACUGGCUGGGCGGAAACGACGCGGCAGUGAUCCUUAACAACGCCUCGAUGCUUUUUUUCAAUCUCCUCGUCAUUUUAUUCGCCUCGACGAUGCCCACUGUCGUCACCUUUCCGCUGGAGAGAAAAGUGCUGGUUCGAGAGCACUUGAAUCACUGGUACAGUCUCAAGGCGUAUUAUAUCGCAAAAACGAUCGCCGACAUUCCGUUUCAAGUCCUCUUCCCGGGCAUUUACGUGUCGAUCGUCUACUUGAUGUCCGGUCAGCCGAUGAGCGCCGACCGUUUCGCUAUGCUCAUGGGCAUCACCAUCUCCCUGGCGCUGUGCGGCCAGGGAAUCGGACUGCUGCUGGGCGCUUGUUUCGACAUUCAAGUCGCCGUUUUCCUCGCUCCGACGGGCUGCAUUCCGUUCGUUUUAUUCGCCGGCUUCCUGGUCAAUCUCAACUCGGUCCCUUACUACAUGUCGUGGAUGACUUAUUUCAGUUUUAUGCGCUACGCUUUCGAAGGAUCCAUGCUGUCCAUUUACAGUUUCGACCGGCCGCUUCUCGCCUGCUCGAAAAUGUACUGCCAUUUACGCUAUCCCCACAAGCUGCUGGAGCAGUUCGACAUGGCGGAGAGCUCCUACUUUUUGUCCGUCGUUGGUAUGCUGACGUUUUUCCUUGUCGUGCGCGUUAUCGGUUAUUUCGCCUUGAGUUUCAAGCUGAAAUAUAUGCGUUGAAUGUUUGUUUUUUUAACAGGGCGAAUCCCUGGUUUGUUAGAGAUUUAAAGAACUAUAAAUACUCAAUUUUGACAUGACAGUAUUUAUCUAAUUAUUCCGUACCCAUAGUUACGACUUGUGAUCAAAUAUACGCAAUUUCCACAUUUUA